CCUUUUCCCAUGUGGUCGCCAAGGAAAUACAUCUCGAAAAUGUAGCCGUGGUCAUUUUCGCACGUUUCCCGGCUCCAAUAGUGUGUAGAGAGUGAUCGCGGAAAAUCUUUGUCGUUAUCAUGUUACCUACGUUUGCGGUGUGUUUUUGGGCAACGACCGCGUUGGCGGCGUGCAGCACGAGAACUAAGGUGCACUACGUACGUGCCGAUGACAGGUCACCCCGCGGAGACCCGUAUUACCCGGAAAAUUAUUACCCGGAAAGGUUGCAGUCUCGAGCAUCAUCCAUUUUCGGACCUUCCAUUCAGACCUCAGCGGCCGGGUUCCCGUACCGGUUCGUCUUUCCAGCCAACCACCCAGCUCUGAGCGGUUCCAUGUACUCGCAGUUUGUGCAAAACCCGCACCAGCACGAACCCGCAGAGUACUCAGCCGAGGACCUUUUUGGGCCACAACUGACGGCCAAACAGCAUCCGCUGUCUGAUCUCAAACACCGCCAGCAUCAGCAACAGCAACAGCAACAAAAUCAGCAGCAACAGCAACAGCAAAUCGGCUACGAGUCUAUGGCUAAAAUGCAAUACGACUUCCUCGGUGGUGGUGGUGGUGGUGGUAAAAUACAAGCACAACAGCAACCUUCUGCAGCUUACCAUCAUCACCUCAUCAAACAGCCAAAACACUAUCAGAGCUACGAAUUGGCGCCGAACGCGCUGCAGCAGCCCCUGCAUCCGUCACCUUAUCCAUCGUCACCUUCCAUCGGUCAGCCGAUCAUGCUGCUCAUACCUUCUUCCGGCCAGCCCGGCGCCCCAUACCAGACCCUGGUCCUGGUCCCAUCGUCAGGGUCACCAUCUCCGCUUCCGGCGCCCGUACCCCUGUUUCCAAGUUUCCACCAACAGGUCCAGCACCAGCACAGUCCGCCCGGUCAGCAGUUUGUGCAACAGCCCGGCGGUUUCGUCACCACACACCCGCGUGGCCCUCCACUCGUCGCCGGCUUUCCGUCCGGUCUCGGCGGUGGAGGCUUCGGUGGCGGCUUAGGUCUGGGCGGCAGCGGCGUCUCCGGACUAGGAAAGUUCCCAGGGGCGCAACUGUUCCAUCGGUCACAUGAACCGCUCCCGAAACACCCGAACCAUCAACAACACCAGCACAAGACAUCAUCGUCUUCGUCGUCGAUACCAUUGUUGCAGCCGACGUCGUACCAAGGUUCCGGGUCGACGCACGUGUCGCACACCACGGCUGCUGGAUCGGCGGCGCAACAACCGCUCGAGGACAAGGUUGGCCACGGUACCGGGACAUCCGGUGAAAAAUCUGACGACCGUGACGACGAUGGCAGUGACGGCAGUAGUGGCAGCGGUGAAACCAAAAGUGAAGAAAAGUCACCUGAGUUCGGCGACAAGACCACUGUAAAACCCAUCAAACCCAUCAAACGGAUCGUGGUCACAUGAUGUGUUUACUUGAAUAAUAAUAUUAAUAUUAAUGUGUACGAAGUGUUUUAGUAUUAAUUUUCUAGCGAAAUUCCCAUAUACAAAGGUUUUUUAUCGAUUAAACGAUAUUUCUAAGCACAUUACGAGAUCAUCAUACUAGGAAGAUUUUUAAAACUAAUGAACAAUUUAUUUAAUGGCGUAUUUAACUUAUAUAAACCCGUGCGUGUUAUUUCGUUUUAUUCCAGCAACCUUAUAAAAAAUAUUGUUCAAUAUUAUUUAUUAUUUUUAUUUGAAGAUGUAUUUAUCGUUCAAUGCGUUUUAAGUAACUGUUGGUUUAGUUGUCAAAUCAACUCGUGUAAAUUUACAUAAACUUUCAUAUUGUUUAAUAAUAUUUAAAAAUAAAACUUUAUUAAUUGUAAUUUAGUUUGAAUAAUGUUUUGUUGUUUUUUAAAUAAAAUAUAUGUUUGUAUUU